GUUUCCACAAACGAUCAUAGCUUCCUUCCUCCCUUCCCCAACAGGACACAUCGUAAUUUGCUCUUUUGGGAAACAGUUAAAUCUCAUUUCUUCUCACCCUCCGCUUCCUCUUUUCUUGAUGGUUUUAACCUUUUGCGGCCCCUCGAACACUUCCGAAUUCCUUCUAGAUCCCUCCAUGGCCACCCUCUCAGCUUAUCCCAGCGCUAACCCUAACCCUAAUUUUCUUUCCUCAACUGAUCAAACCAACCAGGAGUCUCUCCCUCAGGUGCAGCAUCACGCUUCUCCUGAUGGGGACCCGAACCCGACUCCCACUCCCAACUCUAAUCCUAAUUUUCACACCCCACUUUCGACUCCACCCGAGGCGAUUUCUCCAGCCGCGCCGCAGCCUUCUCUCCUCCACCUCUCCUUUAACCAGGACCACGGCUGCUUUGCCGCAGGCAUCGACCAGGGCUUCCGGAUCUAUAAUUGCGAUCCUUUCCGCGAGAUCUUUCGCCGAGAUUUCGAUCGUGGCGGCGGCGGCGGCAUCGGCGUUGUCGAGAUGCUUUUUCGGUGCAAUAUUUUGGCACUCGUUGGCGGUGGACCCAGCCCGCAAUACCCGCCUAAGAAGGUUAUGAUCUGGGACGACCACCAGAGCCGAUGCAUCGGCGAGCUUUCUUUUCGUUCCGAAGUAAGAUCGGUUCGGCUUCGGAGAGACCGAAUCGUUGUCGUUUUGGAACAGAAAAUAUUCGUAUACAAUUUUGCGGAUUUGAAAGUGCUGCACCAGAUUGAGACCAUCGCGAAUCCGAAGGGACUUUGCGCGGUAUCCCAGGGGGCCGGGUCCUUGGUUUUGGUUUGUCCUGGACUGCAAAAGGGCCAGGUUAGGGUGGAGCAUUACGCCUCGAAGAGGACUAAGUUUAUUAUGGCUCAUGAUUCGAGAAUUGCGUGCUUUGCACUUACGCAGGAUGGGCAGUUGCUCGCUACUGCGAGCACUAAAGGGACGCUGGUUCGCAUUUUUAAUACGGUUGACGGUACCUUGCUGCAAGAGGUAAGGAGGGGUGCAGAUAGAGCUGAAAUUUAUAGUUUGGCCUUCUCUUCAAACGCCCAGUGGUUAGCAGUUUCAAGUGACAAGGGCACCGUCCAUGUUUUCAGCCUUAAGAUUAAUGCUGCAUCUCCAGGCUCUGACAGGUCACAAAGUGUAUCAGACCCUGUUACAUCACCCCAUUCCUCUCUUUCUUUUAUCAGAGGAGUGUUACCCAAGUACUUCAGCUCAGAAUGGUCAGUGGCUCAGUUCCGCCUGGUUGAAGGUUCUCAGUACAUCGUUGCUUUUGGUCACCAAAAGGAUACAGUGGUGAUUCUUGGCAUUGACGGAAGCAUGCUUGGUUAAUUACUCAGCAACCUUGACGUCGGGUUGUUGAUCCACCCACUUUUCUAGAGUUUUCCGUUGUCAAAGCAUUAAUUGUGAGAGUUGCUUGAGUGUAUUCUUAGGAAACUGUCUUGCAGCGACUAGGUCAUAACGGUGAUUCCUCUUGCUGGGUUCCAUCACACCCCCCCCCUGCCCCCCUUCUUUUCUGACUUCUACACUUACAUGAGCUUACUUGAUUCUUUUUCUUUUUUAUUUUGUCUUGUUAGCAUCUACUUUUCCUUUUGUUUUUGUUUUUUUUUGAGGGAGAAACUUGAUGGGAUCAGUUCUUUGAAAAAGUGCAAUUGAUUAUGAAUGCAGCUUACCGAUGCCAAUUUGACCCAGUGAAUGGUGGGAAAUGACUCAGCUGGAAUAUUACAACUUCUGAAGCCAGAGCAGCUUUCUGAAGAGUUAUUUAUUUAUAUUUUCUAUUUAUUCGGCCAUAUAUUGUAUCUUCUAAGCUUCUACCUCCUUUUUUACCCUCCUUUUUUUUUUUACCAUGAUUCACCUAAUGUAUGUUGUAAUUUGUAAAUAAUAUAAGUAUAGAUUUGUAAAGUU